AUGUCUUCGAACUUGGAACUAAAUAAUAUACAAAAUCUUGAGCAAAUUGUUAAGUUUAUAGAAAUUGGAUGUAUACCAGAAGUUUCAACUAAUGAAAAUCAGUUAGCCAAACGUAAUGCAGUUUUAUUUGCUCAUAUGGAUGUUGCCAAAUCUGUUUUUAAUAAACUUAACGAGUUAUUAAGUAAACUUCUAAAUAAUGAUAUAGAACUGAAAAUUAAACCACUGGACAUUUUGCACUCUUGCAUAUAUUUAUGUGGUGAACAUUGUCAGUCGGACUUUCAGUGGAGUAAUACUGAAAACCAUAGGUUAAUGAAUUUAUGUAUUGUUAAAUUAUGCAGUCUUCUGCAUUAUUCAAAUAUUGAUGAAUUGUUUGCCCAUGUAAAUAUUUCUAAAAUGUUUGCUGGUUUGUUACAUAAACUAGAAAAUGAGAAUUGGAAAAAAUAUCCAGCCGCUGUUGAAUGUUUUAUGUGGAUCUUGAAAUACUUAAAAGUAAUAAACAUACAUAUAUAUUAUAAAAUAUUAUAUAACUUAAUUAGUAUGUUCUAGAUGCCACGUUUAAAUAACAUAUUACAUUUAGUGAUGCCAUUACCGUUAAAUAUAUUUGAUAACUACCAGGAUUCAAAUAGAUUGCUUGCUUUAGAUGCAUUUCAACACAUUAUAGAUAAUACAGUUAGUAAAAUAUUAUAAAUAAUUCAAUUUUAAAUUUGUUGGAUAUUUUAAUAAUUUUAAUAUGAUGUAUUGAUCUAAAUUAAAAUUGUUCUAUGUUUAAUAUUAAGCCUGCUGCUGAAUUAGCAAUGAGUGGAUAUGAUAUUGUUUUGUUAAAAUCAUUAGAAUCUGGUUUGCAGUCAUUUCCAUGUGAAUUGAUUCCCAAUUUAUUAAGGUGUAUUUUGUCGCUAAUUUCAAAAAUGCAAAUGAAACAUUUAACCAAGAAAAAUUCCAUAGAAGUAAGUGUUAUUAAAUUAUUGUUUAGAACAAACACAUAUACUAUCUGUUCUGCCUGUGUCAAACGAAAAAAAAUAGAUAAAUUAUCAUUAUAUAUGCUAUUACCAAAUUACUGAACGAAAUUUGGCUUAAAAAAUCCCAAAUUUAAUAAUUGUUUUUGUUUGUAGAUGACUUAAUUAAGUUGGAUCACUUAAUUUUUACUUAUCUUUCAGUAUUAGGAAUCUAAUCAAUAUUAUAUUAUAUAUGCCAGGGGCAUAUCCAAUGGGGGGAGUAUUUAGGGCUCCCCAAUACAUUUAGUAAACCCUUCUGUCACUUUACACACAAGGUAGACAUAGCCAUCCAACAAUAUGAAUGCUAAUUGGAAAAAGGUUGGCACCAAUAGGGCAAAUAUAGUAUUAAGUAGCACAGAACAAACUAUACAAAUAUCAAAAAUAAUUUUAAAAACAUCAUCAAGCUCCAAAUUCUAAGUUAAGUGUUGAAGGGUUUUUAAUUUAAUUGAUAAAUAAUAUUAAGACAUAGCCAAGGCUAAAUAAAUAUUUUUUAGUGUAAUGAUUAAUGUUAGUAAUAUCAUAAUUUGUAGUAUUUUUAAAUUUGUAUUGCACUUUUUGUUGUAUUUAUACUGUGUAUUUGGUGUAUAUAAAAAUUAAUUUUUACUCCUAUUACCAUAUAUAACCACACAACACAAAGGUUGCACUAUAAAAAUUAAAAAUUAUGCUUUCUUUUACAUCCGUGUUACCAAUUUAACCCAUAAAUCAACUAAAAUAAUUAGAUUUGUUUACUAAAAAAUAAUAAUACCUAAAAGCCGAAUUUAAAAGAGAGGAUUUUAAUAGCUAUUAACUACUCUGGACAUAUAGAACAUUUUACAAAAAACUGCGUGUAAAUACUCCAGUAUUUUCUAAGAUUACCUUUGACAUCAAAAUGGUACUUUGUUUUAUACAUACAUUUUUUUUAAUUUAAAUUAUUCAACUAUAUUUUACAGUGGACAGAGUUUGACAAUGUUAUGAACAUUUUAUUACCACGUAUGGAAAUGGACCAUAAAACAGAAGCAAUAGAAUGUUUCGCAUCAAUUUGGCCAAUUGUCUUGGAGUCUGUUGGAUUUGCAUGUAUUCGGUGGUCAAAACGUUUGAUACCAUUAUUUGCAGAAUAUAUUAUGCAAGAGCACGCGACAUUGGCAACAGUUAAGGUUAGCUAAAGUAUUGAUUAAAUAUAUUUGUUCUAUACUUAUUUAAACAAUGAUAUUAAAACAUAUGACUUAUAUUUAUUGUAUCUCUAGGCAAUUGAAGUAUUUAUUACACAAACGUGGCCGAAAAGUAAUACUUAUUGGAAUGUAUUAUUAGCAAUAUUGAUUAAAGCUCUGUACAAUGAAGAUAAAACACAACCCAAAAAAGAAAACAUUUUGGCAAUUGAAGAAUGUAUUAAAACAUUAAAAGCAUCAAGACCAGAAUGUAUAAAUCCUAUUUUGACUAAAUUUAAAGAAUGUAAAGAAUUUCAAUCAAAAAAAAUAUUUAAAGAAUCUUUAAAAAAAUUAUAG